AAAAUGAUGACGUAGUGCUGCUUGGUGCCUUUUGUGAGCUUCGUGGGCCUCCGGACGCCGCCUCCUCCUCACAGGGUGCAGCAGCAGCGGGACCGUGGAGGAGCCAGCUGUCGGGUUGGGUAGCUGGCUGUAAACAAAUCUGCACACCUCCGAGAUGUACGGAAAAGAAACCCUUCGCGGGAACCGGUUUGCUGCGCUCUAACAGCGGGGAGAGGCGUUCAUCAUGUAGGGACACCGACGACGGCCGGGCGCGGUGCAACUUUUGCCGGUUUUUAUUUCUAUUUUCGGUUGAGCCGUUGCCAACGUCGAACCGGUGGGAUCCCCGGACAUUUUACUGCUAUGCUCGCCCCGGGGAAGUCCGCCUGAAUCUCUAGCUGACUAACGGCGAAGAAUCGGGAUAAUCUGCGUGUUUCUGCACCGAAGGAGCUCGGCUAGUUGUUUUUUAUUUAUUUUUUUAUUUUUAACAACAUUCACCUGAACAUGGCAACUGCCGCCGCGGAGCACGACCUGGCUCUGUCGGAGGCGGACGGCGGCAAGGAGAAAGGCCAGGUGUUCGGGAUCCUGAGGCUCCAGGAGGAGAAGUCAGGUGCGGGGGACAAGGCGGCGAGAGGAGGCGGGGGAGCCGGCGUGGGAGACGGGCGAUGGCAGGCUCCCAUCUUCGCUUUAGCCAGGAAAGCAUCGGAGACCAUUUCAGGGAGCAUUCACGUCCUUCCCAAAGUGUCGGAACACAGGGCUUCCCUUCCCGGGGAGUGGACCGUCCAAGCCAUGCGCGACCCCAUGGCCAUGGAGCGAGCCAACCUGCUGAACAUGGCGAAGCUCAGCAUCAAAGGCCUGAUUGAGUCGGCGCUGAGCUUCGGCCGGACGCUGGACUCCGACUACCCGCCUCUGCAGCAGUUCUUCGUGGUCAUGGAGCACUGUCUCAAACACGGCCUCCGAGUGAAGAAGUCCUUCCUGGGUUUCAACAAGUCCCUGUGGGGUCCUCUGGAGCUGGUGGAGAAGCUGUGCCCGGAAGCAUCAGAGAUCUCUGCCUCAGUACGAGACCUGCCCGGGCUCAAGACUCCUCUGGGCAGAGCCAGGGCGUGGCUUCGUCUGGCCCUUAUGCAGAAACGGCUGGCCGACUACCUGCGACUCCUCAUCACUCGGAAAGACCUCCUCAGUGAUUUUUACGAGGACUCUGCGCUGAUGCUGGAGGAGGAGGGAGCGGUGAUUGUGGGCCUGCUGGUGGGCCUGAACGUCAUCGACGCUAACCUGUGUGUCAAAGGCGAGGACUUGGAUUCACAGGUUGGAGUGAUCGACUUCUCCAUGUAUUUGAAAAAUGACAUGGAUGAUUACAGGAGCGAGGAGAGGAAUAGCCAGAUAGCAUCCAUCUUGGAUCAGAAGAACUACGUAGAAGAGCUGAACCGUCAGCUCAACUCCACGGUUCAUGGUCUGCAGGGCAGAGUGGAUUCGCUGGAGAAGUCCAACUCCAAACUCAUAGAGGAGCUCGCCAUAGCGAAGAACAACAUCAUCAAACUGCAGGAAGAGAACCAGCAGCUGAGGGGAGAAAACAACCUGAUUCUGCUGAAGGCACAACAACACUUGGAGGUAACUCAAGGCGACGCUUCGGUGGAGCGGGACACCUACAAGCAGUCUCGUCAGGGCUUGGAUGAGAUGUACAAUGAAGCCAGGAGGCAGCUUAAAGAGGAGUGCCAGCUCAGACAGGAUGUGGAGAACGAGCUGGUCGCGCAGGUGUCGAUGAAGCAGGAAAUGGAGCUGGCCAUGAAGCUUCUGGAAAAAGACAUCCAUGAAAAACAGGACACGCUGAUUGGACUGAGGCAUCAACUGGACGAGGUGAAAGCCAUCAAUGUAGAGAUGUACCAGAAGAUGCAGUCGUCCGACGAGGAGAUGAAGAAGAAGAACGACGUGAUCGUUCGCCUGGAGGAGAAGACGAAUCAGAUCAACGCCACCAUGAAGCAGCUGGAGCAGAGAUUACAGGAGGCAGAGAGGCACCGCAGCUCCGCUGAGGAGGGCUCCAGGCGCUUCAAGCUGGACUUUGCCAACAAGGCCGACAGCCUGCAGCGACAGAUCGAGCACCGAGAGAAGCAGCUGCAGCAGCUGGAGACAGACCUGAAGAUUGAGAGGGAGUGGAGACAGACGUUACAAAGUGACCUGGACAGAGAGAGAGACAUGGUGUCUCAGCUCAGCACGGAGGCCUUACAGAUCAACGGACUGAAGAAGGAGUUCCACCGCCUCCAGGAUGAGAACAUCCAGCUGAAGACCAUCUGUGAGGACCAAGAAAAGGCUCUGGAGGAACUUGGGUCCAAACUUAGCGAAUCUAAACUGAAGAUUGAGGAUAUCAAAGAAGCCAACAAGGCCCUGCAGGGGGGUCAGGUGUGGUUGAAGGAUAAAGACGCCACUCACUGCAAGCUGUGUGAGAAGGAGUUUUCCAUAUCAAGACGAAAGCACCACUGCAGGAACUGCGGGGAGAUUUUCUGCAACGGCUGCUCCGACAACGAGCUUCCUCUGCCUGCGUCUCCCAAACCAGUCAGAGUCUGUGACACCUGCCACGCCCUGCUCCUCCAGAGAUGCUCCUCCAAUACAGCAUGAGACAGGCCUCCACUGCCAGGACAUCGGAAAUCUACUUUCAAGCUCUUUACCAGAGCCAUGUUUCUCCUAGGGAUUGCUGCUAAGGGUGGACCACACCAACAAAACCUUAUUAUAUGUAUAAUUUUCUUUUUCUUUAAGUUUGAUAGGUGAAAUGAGCCUCAUCUGCAUGUUCCUUGAGAACCAGAUCUCCCAUUCGGCACGUCUUGGGGCAGUCUCAUCAAUCUCAAGUAUAAUCAGGGAAAGAGGAAGCAGUGAAUCUGCUCUAAGAUAUCCUUUUCUAGUAUUAAGUUAAAGAAAAUGUCAUUUGUAACAAAGAAAAUAAGAGCUACGGGGGCACAGUUUCACAGAAUAAAAAAAAAGAAAGUCUAGCGUGGUUUUGAAAAGACUAUUAAAAGGCAUACCAGAGUGUAAUAUAUUGAGUUGAACAGCAGGGCUGCUGUUGAUCGUGGUCUGUGGGGAUCAGAGAGUUUGGAUAUGAAAGAAAAAAACAACCUUAUAAAGAACUGAAAGUGACACUGCACUGAAUGCUUCUGCUAAAUGGGUUUCUGAACCAAACCCAGUUUUUCUCACUACUCCAUCGUUAUAAUGCACGUGGCAAACUUUGGACACCUAAACUGAUGAGAUUUAUAUAGUUAGCACACAGUUUGAACGACGUGCCUUUUUUUUUUUUUUUUUUUUUAAAGUACAGUCUGACCUUGAGCACCUUUUUGUGUGAAGUGAAAGCAUACUGUCAUAAAGCAAUGUUUACAACAACGUUAAGCCUAACUGGCAAGUUGAAUUAAAAUCCAAAACAUGCUAGCCUAAAGUGAAAUAUUGACUAUAGAUAGCUUUUAUCUGUGCUGCGAAAACAGUAUUUCUUGAUUUUAUUUGACUACGGCAGGUUUAAGAAGAUAAACAUGAUCAUGUUCAGACAGAUGCAUAGCAGAAAAACCUGCUGGACACAAACUUAGGCACUUGUGACAUCAGGCUAGACGUUUUUUUUUUGUUUUUUUGUAUUAGUGCCAUUUGAGCCAGUGUAAAUACAGCCAAGCUCUUUUUCUAAUGUUGCUGAAAUACACCUCAAUCUGUUGCAAAGACAUGUCUGUAAGAAAACAAUUGUUGUUUUAAAAUAUUUCAAAGUAGCAACACUAGCCAGUGUGUUGAUUUAAAGCCUCACCAAUGCAGGGGAUCCUCCUCAAAGGACCAGGAGGAGCAACAGAAGCUGUUGGUGUUGAUGAACCACUAACGGGGCACAAAGAUAUAUUUGCCAAUCAUGUAGUUUAUUAAAUGUAGAUAAUCCAUAUUUAUGUUUGAUUUUUGUGAAUUAUGCACAUUGAUUUGUCUGAACAAUCGCUGUUAACUUGAAGUCAGCUGUUAAAGAAAUGUCAGUGCUGCUCCGUGGUUUACAAGAAAAGUUUAAAACAUCUUUUUUUUCUUUUUGUUUUUUUGUUUGUUUUGUUUUUGUCGGGGUUUUUUUUAUACCAUUUGUUGGUAAUGCAGUACAGAUGCCUGUUCCUGCUAGAAAUAUGUUUAUCGCAGAAUAACGGGAUGAUUACCUGGGUAAAAAUGCUUUGCUUUGGACAUCAUAAAGUGACUGUUAAAAAAACAA